GAAGUCUCCUAGCUGUAACCAUGGCAACAAGAAGAUCGAGAAUCAGCAUAAAACCCAACUUGAGUCGUGGUCCAAGAGCAGGUCCAAAUACAACAUCAGCCAAAACUCCACAAAGCCCUGUAAAGGGAGCUCCUCCACCUCGCAGUGCAAAAAGGAAAGAAAUUAAAGAAUCGUCCAGUGUAUUACAAAAUAAAGAGAAAGAUUCAUUAGAAAAAGAUUUAGAUGAAGUGAAGACAGAUGAUACAACUAAAGGUGAUUCAAAGAAGCAGAAUGUAGUUGUAAAUGAGACUUCUGAAUUAGAUAAAGAUCAAAAUGUUGAGGUGAAAAAGUGCACCCCUUCAGUUAGCGCUAUUGAAAAGCCAGAAACAUUAUCCUCCAAGGUUGUCCAAUCUGACAACACAACAGAGAAAAUCAAAGAGACUGUAACUGACAAGGGUGAUGCUGGUUUUGUCAAACCAAAGGACGAUUCAUCUAAUGUUGAAAAAAAAGUAAAUGAUGUUAAAGUCAAUCCACUUAGAUCAAGACGCACUUUAACAAAGGCCAGGCCAAAUAUCUCUGAGGCAGGGAGGCCAAGCAAAAGAAUAAGGCACUCAUCAGUGAGUAGUGAAACCCAUGAAGAUGAGGAAAAACCCCGGAAACAUCCUCCUCCAGUACAACGUGUCGCAGUGCCAUCAAUAAAACCUGGGCAAGAUGGUCCUGCUGCUAGUAAGACAACUCCCACUGUACCAAGCAAGAGGAAAUCCAGCGAAACUAAGAUAGCGACACUAACAGGGGUGACAACUGAAGACCAUAGACAACUACCAGAUGCAUCAGCUAAGCACUGUGAGUCUUAUGAUGGGGCUAAAGAGAUGUUGAAACAUGCAGAGAAACGUCCAGCUGAUACCUACCACGAUAAUGAUCUCAACAACGCUAAAGAAUCGCUUGAGCUAGCAGCCAUCAAGAAAAGGAGAGCUACCAUAGAGAAAGAAUCCACCAUAUUCCCCAAAAGGAAGUUGCAGAAAGUCAUCACAGUUGAUGAACCACCUGAUAGAGCCAAGAUUACUAUGAAAGACCUCAUUUAUAGGAAAACUAAAAAUAAUCCAAUGAUACCCAAGCAGAGAAUUCAAGCCCCUGCUAGGAGAGCAUCCAUAGCAGAAUCUGUCGGCACACCACAGCGGGACCCAAUCGAGAAAGAGAACAUUAGUGUGUCUGACCUUGAAGAUGAUGAACCCAUGCCUGUUCCUCAGGUAAAGAUAGGACCAGAUGGCAGCAUUAUACUCAAUGAGGCAAGUGUAACUAUUGAUGCUAGUCCUGCUAAGAGUCUAAUAGAAGAUACAGGAGAAGUCAUCCAUGAGGAGGACUCCUAUGUAACAUCUGCUAGCUUCAGAAAGCGUGUCACUGCUAAAGUAUGGACAGCAAAGGAAACGGAGAAGUUCUACACAAUGUUGAGCUAUGUUGGGACAGACUUUUCUCUGAUGUCGAAUGUGUUCACUAAGAGGAAAAGAAUAGAACUGAAGAAUAAGUUUAAGAGGGAAGAGAGAGCAAACAAGGGCAAAAUUGACAAAUACUUGAGAGACACAAAGAAGUUUGACAUGUCAAUAUUUGAGAAGUACACAGAUAAGGAUGAGGAGCCAGAAGAAGAUAAGGUGAAAGAAAAGAAAGGGAAACUUCCUAAGACUAAGAAAAAGGCUGGUGAUAUUGGAGCAGAAGAAGAUGAAGACCUAGUGUUGAGUUCAGAUGAUGAAGUUGCUACUGAGAAACCUCCUGGAGACUAUCAAUUAGGUGACGAUGAUGGACAUCGCACACUGCCCAAACUUGACAUAUCCACAGUUGAUGAUGAGGCAGAGGAGCGAACACUUUCUACCAUGAUGCGACCAACUAGAUCAGGCAGGAAGCCCAAGAAAGUUGUUCUGAAUAAAACUGAGGAGAAGACUGCCAAACCAAAGACAGCCUUUGCCUUAUUGAAAGAGAUGAGAGCUAGGAAGAAUUCCGAUACCUCAGAAAAACAAUCAUUUGCAGGAUACAAAUCAGUUUCCUGUCGGCCUGGAACAUCAGACAGUCACUUUCAACCACCAGCACCUAAGGGGCCUAUAUCACCACCUGGGCGUUUCAUCAACAUCUCACAACUCAGCGAGGGUAACCUUCAAAAUGUCUCUCCCGGACAGUUGGUGUUUGUGCAAACCGCUGGAAACCAUGUCCAGAAGACACCAAACAAGGAUAGUUUGAUCCAUGUUUAUAUGGUGUCACCUUCAGCAGGCCUACAGGAACAAGAAGGGGCUCCUUUGGGAGUUUCUGGACAAGGUACUUCAAUAGUAACCCAAGGCCAUGGGGCUCAUUUAGGGACUCCAAAGAAUGUGACACAGGGUCCUGGUGCAAGUCUUUUAUAUCAGUCUGAAUCUACAGGAACUACAGCCAUCAAAUCACAAGUAGUAUCAUCAAACUCUCAAUCCUUUGAUGAAAAUGGAGUAAAAACGUUGACCACUUUAACUUCAUCAAAUGCAAAUCCUCAUACUCAGGUGUAUCAAUCCAGUACUGCUGCAGCCAUUUCUUCUACUAACAAGCCUGGAAAAUCUAAAAUUAUAGUGCCAUCUUCCUCUGAAUGUGAUAGAUCAGAAGCAUGGGGGGUUCUCAGCCCAAGUCUUGGUAAAGUCAUUCCCACCAUAGUCAUUGAUGCUGAAACUUCUACAAUUAAAUCCCCUGAUCAAAAUCAAAAUGUUCACAAUUCUGAAGCAAAAUCACCUUCUAGAACUGGCCAAGAUCAACAUUAUCCAAGCCCCACCCAAACUGCACCAACUGCACCAGAUGCAGCAGACAAUGUGAGUGAAAAUAUUAACACUGGACCUUCUGGUGCACAUGUUGAAAACAAGGAUAGUGCAUUUAAUAAAAGGGACAAUGAAGCUCUGUAUACAGAAGAAGAUUUCAUAAAGGCAAACCCAGUUGUUGAGUUCUUAAGUGAAAAUGACAAAAAUAUAACGGAAUCUGUCGCUGUUGGGGAUGAAAUACUAAUCAAAGAUACUCCAUCUGUAGCUUUAGACACUGAGAUUCAGAUUGAAAAUGACGUUCAAACAGCAGCAAUUGAGGAUGAGGUAAUGAUUGAAGAUGAAGUGACAUAUGUUGAGACAAGUGAUUAUACUGUUGUUGAAUCUGAAGAGAUUGUACAAGAAGGUGUUCAACUAGAAGAAGAGGUGACUGUUCCUCUACCUGAAGGCCGGAGAAUGUCCAUGGAUACGUCGUAGACUCGGCUGUCCAGAGUGCAAUACCAUUUUGUAUCAUGAUUAGCCUCAGGGAUAUUCAUUUUAAAGACAUCUACAACGAAUUAAGUAACACUCUCUAGUGGUAAAAGUUCAUAUUAUGUUUAGUUAAGGUCCGUAGAUUUUCG